UUCCAAUCCCCUCCAAAUCAUGCGAUUCAGGUGUUCCAAUCCCCUCCGUAUCAUGCGAUUCAGGUGCUCCAAUCCCCUCCAUGGACACAGGUAUAUACAAUCAAGCCCCUAGGCAUGCAGACGGCUUCUACAAACAUUGGUGAAAGAAUGGGUCGCUCUCAGGAGCUCAGUGACUCCAAGCGUGGUCCCCUGAUAGGUGGCCACCUGGGCAAUAAGUCCAUCCGUGACAUUUCCUGGCUACUAAAUAUUCCACCAACUGUUAGUGGGAUUAUAACAAAGUGGAAGCCACUGGGAACAACAGCCACUCAGCCACCAAGUGGUAGGCCACGUCACAUGACAGGGCGGGAUCAGCGCAUCCUGAAGCGCACAGUGCGCAGAAGUCGCCAACUGUCUGCAGAGCCAAUAGCUAAAGACCUCCAAACUUGGUGUGGCCUUCAGAUGAGCCCAACAACAGUGCAUAGAGAGCUUCAUGGAAUGGGUUUCCAUGGCCGAGCAGCUGCAUCCAAG